AUGUCGAGCAAGAAUGGAAAGAGGUCUCACAGUGGGUCCUCCCACUCGUCUGGCUCACUAGGUGCCCUGUUUGACUUUACAAAGUCAGUCGAGAAGGGUACAUUUGGUGUACUUUACUCAAUGACAAAGGGUAACUCCUCUUACUUUAUGUGGUUCACAAUCCUCUCCAUAGUGUUCAACUUCCUUCAGAUUGUAUCUUUUGGAUUCAAGCAUUACGUACCAUGGGGAGGUAACCUUGGAUACUACCUUAUAUAUGUGAUUCCAGCCUUCUCCAAUCCUUCCAUGAAACUGCCUUAUGAUGGCUAUGUCAUCACUUUUUGGGUGGUGAUCGCCCUGACUACAUUGGGCUGCCUAAACAUUGGUUACGUGGCCUACCAGUUCUACAAGGGCAGGAUUGCCAACGUGUGGCUGUUGCGUACCUUGCGUUGGUUCGUGGCAUUCAUCGUACCAUUGUUCUAUAUACCCGUAAUGACGUUGUUCAUACAGGCUAUUGACUGUGAGGGUAGUGCACCCACCGCCGGCAACGACGAAGAAUCCAAAGAUAUCUACGACGAUCCCGACAACUAUGUUUGCUUUGUACGCGACAACAUAGCAGUCUCAAUCUUUGCCAUCAUCUACAUCAUCCUUUUCUUCAUCGUCGCCGUCUUUAGCACAUGUACCACCUUUGAGAGCAACUCGAGCAAGAAGAACAGCUGUGCCAAGAUGCACUCAAGGUUCGACUUGGCCAUGCUUCUUGUCAAGACCAUCUUUGUGUUCUUCUUUACAUUACUCGAGGAAUACGCUUGGUUGAUGGUUAUUAUAUACUUUAUACUCAUUCUUGCAAGUUCCCUGGCAUCAAUCAUAGUGUUGCCAUACUCCAAUCAGAAGAUUAAUCAAUUGAACACUGGCUUCUUUGUCACUAUAUUAUGGGUCAGUUUAUGGAGUAUAAUCACAUUGGCUGUUAAUAAUACUUCAUCACAGGUUACAGCCAUCAUUGUACUGAUAGGCAUGCCCCCAGCCUUUGCAGGUGGAUACUUUGCUUGCAGACGAUUCUAUAAGUACAUAACAUCACAGGCUGAACAUCUUACAAAUAUACAAUUGCCAAAGCAAUCGAGUGAUCAAGGCUUGCAGAUCAAUGAUGGUGUGGAUGGUGUACGCGUUGUAAAGUUCGAAGCAGUUGACAACACACUGGGCUCCAAGAAGAACAUCGAGUUCCCAUUCUUCAAGCGCAGAUUCGCCUUUGCCUACUUUGUCGAGAUCAUGUCUCGCAAGAUCCUGCACGACAGCGUCGACGGCCAGGCCAUCGAGCGUGUCAACUUCCUGUACCAGGCCGGCCUGCAGUACUAUCCCAACUCGGAGCUGCUGUGGAUGGCCUACGCCAACUACCUGUUCACCGUACGUCGCAACAUACAUGUGGGCUACGCCGCACUGGAGAAGCUGAGACGCAUGCAACCACCUUUGGACGUGCGCUUCUUCAUCUACCGCCACGACAAGGACCGCCAACAGAUGAUGGACUCAGACCUCAAGGGACCAGAGGGCGGCAAAAUCCAGGACUUUGUGUCGUACAUGGAGUUCAAGAAGCUGUACAUCGCGGCACGCAAGUCGCACAACUCCUGCCUGCACUACAUCAACCGCUUCUGGCGCCAGCUGCUUCACGAGACCAUCGACCUACAGCGCCUCAACGAGCUGUCGGGAAGGAUUGCGCGCAAGGAGACCAAGGCCAUCGAGUUAUACGAACGUCUCCUGGCACUCAACCCCAACUCGGUGCGUGUCAUCCGUGACUUUGCCCUGUUCAUGGAGGAGGUGGUCAAGGACGGCGACAAGGCUCUGCGUCUGCGCAAGAAGGCUGACUUACUCGAGGACGACAUGUCCAAGUCCAAGUCCAGCGAACACAUGAUCGUGCUGGCAUCAGACCCCGGCACCAAUCUGUCCGACGACGAGAAGCUCGACAUGGCUGAGCGUGGUGGUGGCAACAUCGAGAUGAUCCCCAUCGACAAGUCGGGCAGCAUUGAGAUUGACGAUCGCAACAGCCACAACAAGGACUCGAACUCCGAGUCCAACUCAUCGAGCGCACUAAAGAGGGCUCGCUACCAGGCAUUCCAGCACUCGAACGCUAUUAACGCGUUGUCAUGGAUAAUGAUCGCCACAACCGUGGUCACAAUCAUCUUCUCCAUCAUCUGUCUGGCAUUGUUGCGCACGCAGAUGGUCAACCAGCGCAACGCCUUCCAGGACAUCUUGUCAGCGGGUGAGGCUGCCAUCGAGGCCAACCGCAUCGCUCAGAACUUCAACAACAUGCAACAGUAUGCACUCACCUACCUAUUCAACGCCACUGAUAAUGGCAACAGAUCCUCCACCACGGGUGGCGGCGGCUGGACUGCUGGCGGUACAACUACGGCAGGGACAACGACGGCAGGGACAACAACUACUACCACGACUGGCACUGGAGUGACGACAACUACGGCGUCAACGACGGCUGCCACUACCACAACGACAACUACUGGAGCGACGACCACAACCGCAGCGACCACUGGCACCACGACUACGACCACGCCAACAACUACGACCACGCCUACAACUACCACAACGACGACAUCCACUACUGAUCCCACGACCACGACAACGACCACACCCACCACAGACCCGACAACAACAUCAACUACAACUGCAACACUUGGCUGGACACCAUCUGGCAACUCCACAACAACCGGCGCCACAACUACGACAACUGGCGCAGCGACUGCCGCCACAACAUCUACUGCAACAACUACUGCAACAACAACUGUUACAACAACUGCAACAACAACUGCAACAACAACUGCAUCAACAACUGGAGGUGUCACUGGCGCAGCAACAACAGCUUCAACAACUGGUGCAGCAUCAACUACUGGACGAACAAGUGGAGGUGGCGGUGGAGGAGGCAGCGGUGGAGGCCGUGAUGGAGGUCGCUCAGGAUGGGGUCCCGGAGGCUUCAUCGUACAAAACAUCACAGUCGAAGAGGCUUUCGGCAACUUCUCAUACUACUACAACAGGUCAAUACGCUCACUCAACGUGUUGGAGAACAUACAUCAUGCCAUAUACUGGGGCGAGCAGUCGGCCAACCCGUACGUCAGCGACAGCAUGGCCCAGCUCAAGCGUCUCUACGGCCUGCCCAACAUCUACGAUAUUGGCUCCGAGGUAUUUGAUUACAGCCAAUUCAACAAGACUCGCCCGGCCACUGAACCCCUGCUCUCGGCUAUCUACAACGAGCCCUCAGUUGUGAUGAGCAUCUUCCUCACCAUCCCCGGCCAGGGCAACAAUUGGGGCGGUCGUGGCAGUGGCGGUUGGAAUGGCGGCGGAGGCUGGAAUGGAGGUGGCGGCGGCGGUCAAUGGAACGGCACUCGCAAUGGUACCGCUGACAACUACAUCAACUUCCGAAACUCGUCCACCAACCAAACAUACAACGCAUGGAAGGCCGGCAACCUCUUUGUUGAGAGUGGCCGCGCUAUGAUGGCCGGCAACAACAUCUCGAUGUUUGGAAGCACAGCCUACUCCAACCCGCUGUUCCGUUUCGUCUCGGACAAUGGCCCUCGCAGUCUGACCCGCGCCUACUUUGACAUCCAGAUGGCCUACAGCCAGACGGUGAUGGACCGCGCCAACCAAAUCUCGUUCAGCAUCGUCUACUCUUGGCUCGCGCUGUUUGUCGUCCUGUUGCUGUGCGCCGUGCUGGCAUUCCGACCUGUAGUGUCGCGUAUCUCUCGCGAGAAGAUCCGCAUCCUGGUGCUGUUCACCCUGGCACCCAAGGAGGUGCUGGAGAAGAUGGCCGCACAGCGCCACAGACUUGUGAGCGUUGACAGCGAGUCUGACCGCGAACUCAUGUCUGACAAGGAGGACGACGUGGUGGCAGCCGUGCCACACACACCAGUCGAGACCACCCCCAAGCUGUCGUCUGCCCGCGAGGACAUGCAGAGCUCAUCAUCACUCAUGCGCCCAUCCUACGACUCGUAUGGCAAGAAUGGCAUCCUGGUCGAGCAAUUGAAGCGCGACUCCCUCCAUCUGGACAGGAGCGCCGGCGACAUGCGACCACUCAUUGGCGCAUCUGGCCUCUCCGCCGUGCACAUCCACGAGGAUGCCACGGCCGCCAAUGUCGCUGCCGCCAACGCCAACGCCUCACCUCUCGCCAAGGCAGACCUGCCACGCGGAGGUCGCGGUGAGCUCACUUUGUUUGGCGCAUGGGACGGCAAGAGCAAGCGUAACGUCAACAAGCGCGGCAUCAGAUCGGUGUUGCGUCGCCAACACAUCUACUACUCGGUCGCCCUGAUUAUCCUGUUCGCAGUGAUCACCAUCGGACUCUACAUAUCCUUCUACGAGAUCUACGCCGACUAUGGCUCGGGCGUGCAAGUUGCCAUGAACAGCAAGCGUGCCACCUACGCGCGCAUCCUCAAUACACUCGUCUCUCGUAUCAUGUCACCUGAACUCACCAACGAUGGAACGACCGGCUGGAUGACCAACAUCACAAUGGAAAUGCAGUAUAAUCACAACAUGCUCACGGACAUACCGCAGACGCGCGCGCUGAUGGACGGCAGCUACGGCUGCUGGCUCAUCGACCAGUCCAAGUGCCGCAACGAAUCCGACCCAUACUACGACGACGUGGCGCACGGCCUCGACUGGCUUGUCAACGAGUUCAUCGAGCACUCGCUCAAUCUGAUCUACACGCAGCGCAGUCUGAUCAUUGCCAACAAUACCGAUGUGCAGUGGAUGAAGUCCGUGGGCCAGACCGACAUCCUGGACGGCCUGGACCGCGCAUCAUUCCUCUACUUCCAGUACUGGCAGGACAUCCAAGAGUACGCCAUCACGAUCAUCACGCUGGUCAUGUCAUUGGUGUGCGUGGUCAUGUUCUUCAUGUACCUCUUUGUCUUCCGUCCAUUCAUCAAUCGUCUCCGUGUCCAGCACAUUCACACGAUGGCCAUGUUACGAAUGGCGCCAGAGGAUAUCCAACGAAUGGAGAUCGAUGAGAAGCAAUUGAAUGAGGACUAG